AUGAUCCCUCAAUCGAGACCAACAACCUCCCAACACGAUUACCUCAACGUCGUCCCGAUCUUGGAGCAAGUCCAUUCGUUCCCUCUUUUGCAAUCACACUUGACGUAUGCACCUGUGUAUGCGUCCAAUGGAGCUCUAGCCCGUAUGCCUUUUGGCCCAAUUCACACCACUCUACCUGAUCUGCGCAGUCAAGUGGACCUUUACUCAUGGGUUGAUCAGCUCACACAAAGGGUCAACGACCAAAACAAUCUAAUUGGGCAUCUACUCAUGCAGAUCAACUUGAAUCAAGGCCUUGACUUUGGAUCUCGUGACAAGAAGAGGAGGACGCACGAGCAUACCGGCGAGCAGUUUGAGAUAUCCCAAGCAGGUCAAACAGAGACAAACGGAUAA